AUGUAUCCCAGCAGACCCUCAUACGCCCAACUUCUAUCAAAUAGGGUGAGAUGGAUGAUGAAAGGUGGAAAACUGUCUCGAGCUGAGCUGAGCAACAUCAAAGGAAGCUGUUAUCCACUCGAAGUGGUAGAAAAUAUGAACACAGAUGGGGUGGAAUCCAGUCCGCGCAGAUCAUCGCUGAGGGUUAGACGUAGCGGAUUGUAUCUGGGAGGUGACGUACAGACUAAUGAGAUCGAAGAAGCGUUUGUUGGGACUUUGAUGAAGUUUUCAGGCUUAACAUUAGAAAACAGGCCAAAAAUCCCACGGAUGCAACACAAUAAGAGGCUGUUGAAUUCGGUGAAGUUGUUGAACUCUGUGCUACCAAGACACCUCACUGGAAUUGAGACACUUUCCGAUCUGGUGGACAUAGUGUAUGCUGGGGCGGUGACUGUCUCUGAGGCUCAAGGAUAUCAAGUGGGCGAUGACAACUCCCGAUGUUUCAAUUCAUCACCACCAUGGAAAAGACGCCUGGAAAAUAAAAUCGUGCAAUUUAGAAAAAAAAUUGGAACGUUUCAUACUUACCUAGCUACUCCACAUCCUUCGACAAAAGUAAUGAAGAGCGUUAAAAAACUCGCAUCUGAGUUCAGGAUCAAACGGAGAGAUCCUCUCUUCAAGGAUAAGAUAACCCUUUUAAAUGACACCCUGAAACAGAAGAUCAAAGCUUUAGGGAACCGUAUACGACGAUACAAUGAGAAGGAAAAAAGAAAUAAAAAUAACAGAAUGUUUCACCAGAAUCAGAAGAGAUUUUUUCGAGAUCUUGAACAAAAAGGCGUCAGUCAAGAUGUCAACCUCGAACCUGGGGUUGCUGAGGAGUAUUGGAGUGGGGUAUGGUCGGGGAGCGUCGAACAUAAUGAGCAGAUGUCUUGGAUAAAGGAGGCUGAUUCCGGAAUACCACAAGUCCAAAUGGAUGAAGUUGAGAUAACUGUAUCUGAUAUAGAAGAGGUCUUAAAAGGAACAAACAACUGGGCAACCGCAGGUUGUGAUAAACUACAUAAUUACUGGUGGAAACACUUCACUAAUAUCCAUGGAGUAUUGUCCUCGAUUCUCAAGAAGUCCUUAACAGAUCCCCUUUCACUUCCUCCUUACCUCACACAGGGACUUACGUACCUAAUCCCGAAAGCUGGAGACCUUCAGAACCCGAACAACUACCGGCCCAUAACCUGCCUCCCUACGGUUUAUAAAAUAUUGACAGCUGUGAUCACUAAACACAUAAACAAACACCUCAGAACGAAUAACCUGAUGGCACCAGAACAAGGUGGGGGCCGUAUAAGAACCAAAAGCUCUAAAGAACUGCUUAUUGUUGACUACAUCGUGACGAAGCAAGCCCGUAAAAAGCUGCGCAAUAUAUCUGUAGCGUGGAUUGACUAUCGGAAAGCCUUCGAUUCGGUGCCCCACUCUUGGUUGUUGAAAGUUCUUAAAAUGCACGGAGUCCACGAACAAGUGAUCAGUCUCCUGAGAUUCCUCAUGCAAACCUGGAGGACGUCUCUCCUCAUGCGUGCUGGGGAUGAAAUGAAGAAGUCCAGGAGCAUAAAAAUCAACCGAGGAGUCUUUCAAGGUGACACACUCAGUGCAAUAUGGUUCUGCAUGGCGAUCAAUCCUCUGAGUGCACUGCUGAGAAACACAGAAUAUGGAUAUGUAAUUGACAAGCAGAGGAACAUUCGAAUAAAUCACAGUCUGUACAUAGACGACCUUAAACUGUAUGGUGCCAAUUUCGAACAGAUAAGGAGACUCCUGGAAAUAGUGUCGCUAUUCAGCGAUUCCAUCGGCAUGAGUUUUGGAGUGGAUAAGUGUGCGACCCUGGAAGUGAGACGUGGAAAAAUUCGAAACACAAGCCUUGUAACUACAUUAAUGAAUCAGAUUACCAUACCAUCCCUGGAUGUAGAUGAUUCAUACAAAUAUCUCGGAAUAAAACAGGCUUUAGAUAUCAAAACAUCAGAGAUGAAGGAACUAUAUCGUAAGAAAGUUCUUGGAAGAGUCAACAUGCUUUUACGAUCAAAACUGAACUCUAGAUCUCUAUUCACUGCCAUCAACAUCUGGGCCAUACCAACAGUAGCGUAUUCUUUUGGCAUCAUCACGUGGUCGACGACUGACCUACAAGAAAUGGACAGAGCAAUAAGAUGUAUGCUCACGAAACAUGGAGUCCACCACCCUCAUUCCUCGACGAUAAGGCUAUAUCUCCCACGUCAUCAAGGAGGUCGAGGGUUAUUGAGCCUGGAGAAAAUCCAUCAGGAGAACAUCACCACAUUAAGAAAUUACUUUCUGAAAAAAAACUCACCUUUCUUCCGGGCAAUUCAGAAAGCGGAUCAGGAUAUCUCGGCUUUGCGCCUCUCGGGAUCAUACCCCCAAUCGGUAGAUCGUACAAUAGAGGAUCUCAUUGAGGAAUGGUGCUCCAAAGCCUUGCACGGAAGAUACCCUGCUUGCCUGAAAAAGGAAAAUAUAAAUAAAAAGGAGUCGUUAACUUACCUGACAGCAGGGUACCUCUUUCCGGAGACAGAAGGUCGACUAAUGGCAAUACAGGAUCAGGUGAUUCCCAUAAGAAUGUACCAGAAAAAUAUUGCCAAACUCGACGUACCAUCUGAUCGCUGUCGCAAAUGUUCCCAAGCACCUGAAACAUUACAACAUGUAACUUCAUCUUGUCCUAUACUUGCUCCAAGAGAUUACCUGGAGAGGCAUAACUCCAUGGCGAAGAUCUACCACCAACAGAUUGCGUUGAAGCUGGGUUUAAUCCGGGAAAACCUACCAACUCACAUAUAUGUUCCAAAACCUCUCCUACAGAAUGCACGCUACAAACUAUAUUGGGACUGCACCUUAGUAACGGAUCGAGCGGUGAUGCAUAACAGACCUGAUAUCGCGCUCUUCGAUACUGAACAAAAAACAUGUAUACUCAUAGAGUUCACGAUCCCGGCGGACGAUAACAUCACGAAAGCUUACACGGAAAAAAUAAUCAAAUACGGUGACUUGGCAUUCCAACUACGUGAGCUCCACAAUUUGAGGACGAUCAGCAUUUUCCCGAUGAUCAUAUCGGUGAAUGGCUUGGUGGAGACACACCUGCUGGAGAAUACUAAGAGAUUGUGCCUGGAACCUGAUGUCAUUUCAGCUUCCCAAAAGCAAGUGAUCCUGUCUACCACCCGAAUCGUUAGAAAAUUCCUACAAGGAUUCUGA